AUGGAGCAGAGCCAGACUUUGGCCAGCAGUGAACAGUCCGAGGAUUCACACCGGCUGACCAGGGUGAGUGGAUCAGACUUUGACGUAGUAAGAGUGGGAGAGGAGCUCGCCAAAGUUGUGAGAAAGUUUAGAAAUAUACCCGAACUAAUUAAAGAAGAGCUGGAGGGAGCUAGAAUUGCAGGGAAGUAUAGGGGUCAACUGGAAAGAGUGUUGAAUGAGCAGAUAAAUGGAGCAUGUCAAAUGCUAGAAGAUAUGAUACAGAAUGUGAGUAAUUAUCGACAGUUUGGAAGGGGACUGUUUGAUACGUUGCGGUCAAAGGGUAUUGAGAGCAUGGACGACCUGAACGAUUUCAUGAGCACUACAGAAAUAGAUGGUGAAGUGGUAGCAACUAUGUGCGCCAUAUUUAACAAAGAUGUUUCGCAGGCUCGCGAGGUACUUGGUGAGACGAGAACAAACUUGACAAGUCGUGCGACUCCGACUGGAAGAGCCUGCGCGCCGCACUGGAAGCCGCUUUCGGAGCACUGGGACGAAGACACUCAUCAUCAGGAUCAAGGUCAGGAAGCAUUAAGUUUCAUGGCGAUGAUGCAGGCUAGUGCUUGUGUCAACCCAGGGGUUUACAGAGGGAAACGUUCCGAGUGUUUCGAUGAAUUUAUUCGAGGAAGACUGAGAGCGCUGACUGAGCUGAGAAACUUGAAGCGUAGGGCAGGGCAAAGCGUGUCGGAGUUUUGUGUAGUACUCGAGAAGCUGGGCCGUCAGGCGAACCCGUCGUGUGACGUAAGGGAUAGGUCCAUGGAGUACGCACAAAUACUCCUUGAAAAUUUGUCGGACUGGCCGGAGCAGAUACAGCUCAUGAGUGCCUUGUAUAGGGUGGACCCUAAAGAUGCAUACGAUGCCGUCAAGCAGUUGGCACUCACAAUUGAGCAAUCGAAGUUGAUGUUUGGGGCGCCAGAUACCAGGCCCAAAGGAGAAAAAGGGGACUGGCGAAAGCGUUUCGUAGCAUAUCAGGGAGAAGAGGUAGGAACAAGUGGCUGUCGAGGCAAUGCUCCAAACCAAGCAUUUGAACGAGUUCAUAGGCGACCAGUUAGUCCGGAAAUGGAAGUGAGGAGACCCAACUUCAGAGGCGAACUGACUCAUCACGAAGGACGUGAGCUGAGAACAGUAGCGAGUGAAAGUAGGCCUCCCACUCACGGGAGUAGGGAACAGCGUAAAUGUUACAACUGUUCCAAAGUAGGCCACAUUGGACGAGACUGCCCCCUGAAGAAGCCAAGGGUUAACCAGAUAGCGGAGGCACCGAAGCCAAAAGAAAUGAGGGGAGGUCACGAUAGCAUGUCGCAAAUGAUUCAUAGGGCACGGAGCCUUGGCAUACGAGUUAAGGAGGCCGGUAAAGGACUAUUGGUAGAUGAGAUUUGGUCAGCAUGGGCCAAGAUGCUGUCAACCCGAGUUAGGGCGGUUCUCGACACAGGGUCUAUGAUCAGCAUCAUACCAAUAAAGGUAUUGGCCCAGGCGCAAAGUAGUGGCUUUGACGUCGAUAGCCUGGAACUGAUACAUGAUGCGGCAAUGAUCCCAGUCUAUGACGCAUCAGGUAAUCGCAUUGAGUCCAUGGGUGCAGUGAAGAUCGCUGUAGAGCUAGAAGGAGGAAAAAAGGCUGAGGUAGCAUUCCAUGUGCUGGACUCAAAGGAGGAAGAGAUUCUGCUGGGUACUAAUUCACUGGAAUGGUUGGGUGUGCACCUACAGUUGUCGCCGGAAGAACAGGAAGACGAGGUAGAGGCAACUAAAGGGAAGGUGAUAGUUGCAAAAAGGGCUUACAUUGCCCCCAGGGCGGCUGCCAUUGUCUCGGCUCGGUGUGAAGGGCACAGCAGCAAGGACGAUCGCAUCAUUAUGGCCUCAAUAAAGGGUCAGGAGGUGGACAUGCCCAUAAUAAACAAUAGUGAUGACCCCAUAAUAUGUAAGGAAGGCGACGAGAUAGGCCAAUGGGGAACAGAAAAGUGGCGUGAGGGUUGGGAAGACUUGAACCCACUCAUGCUGGAUAGCACACUCCCCGAAAUGAGUGUGGAAGAAAGGAGGAGUUUGCUCCACAAACAGAUCCAAGAGGCAGCAAGAGUGGAAAGGCUGAGUGAAGACAUUGAAUCGGUCUUAGACGAGUUCCCUGAGGCCUUUUCUGUUUGUGACCGAGAGCUUACUGGGACUGAUGUGGUUGAAAUGAAUAUCGAUACGGGAGACAACAAACCCAUCAAAAUGAAGGCAAGGCCUGUCCCAUUAGGCAUGCGUAAGAAAUUGAAAGGAGCUUCUAGAAGAUUUGGAGAAUAG